AUGGAGUCCCCUAAGCUCUCGCCUGCGACGACGCAAACUCGGACCCAGACCCAUCGACGCCGCCUUAAUCGUGAGGAGCGAAAAGAUAUCCUAGUCCUGCGGCGGCUGGGUUAUACGUAUCAAGCUAUAGCUGAACAUCUUCACGUCUCCCACCGCGCUGUCCAAUACACCUGUGAAUCAAAUACGUGCGAUCCCAAAAAAAGGCCAGGUCGGAACAGCAAGUUGUCCACCAAGCAAGUCGAUGACAUUGAAGCCUUUUUGGCCGCCUCUAAGGAGAAUCGGAAAAUGUCCUACAAGAAGAUAAUCGAAGUUCUUGGCCUUGACGUGAAGCAGGACUGUCUGCGUCGAGCUCUGCAGAAACGCGGUUAUACUCGCCAGGCUACCUCAAUGCCUAAUUUUCGGUCCAGCAAACGUAGCGAUCUUACCAUCCCUCUCCCGGCGGGCCUCUACAUCAUCACCAUCGCCAACCUGCUACAGGCCAACCUCAAGCCCCCUUUACCCGAUAUCCUCAUAUUCCCACUUCCUACCAAGGCUACCAUUCAAGUGCCUCUCCUCAAUCACAGCCAGUCCAGCUUCCGCACCUCCCAGGCCCAUACCACCAAGCUGCACCGCCAGAAUUCCAACACCUUCCACAACAAUACAACUCUAUGGCAGCCCAUCAUCACCCGCAGCAGCCGCAGCCGCUGCAACAGCAAUACUCACCACAGUGCCGAUCUAUACCACUUGAACCCCGUUCAAUCCCUCCCCAGAACAAUCCAGUGCAUUUACACCCUCACUCUUUGUCAACAGCGAUUCCUCCAUACCACUCACUUCACGAGUACCAUUCUGUUUCUUCCAAUAAAUCACGCCCUCCUCUCCCGGAAUACCGUCGAGCCCUAUCCGAGUAUUGUCCCACUCGUAGAUGUAUCCAGCAUGACGGACCGAUCGCAGAAAUCUAGCGGAUAUUCAACACCACUUACGAUACCAGAUGACCGCAGCGACUACUACAGAUAUGAGACGAGCGUUCCGCCUGAGAUGGCAGGCGUCGAUUCGGAACCGAGGUUGCGAUGGCAGUGA